GGUGCGAUUUUUACCGCACAGCUUGAACACGCGCCAUGUUUAGAGGAAACAAAAGGUGUAAAUCCCAUUGCUCGGUUGCUGGUUAAAUAACAUAGAUAUCUUUGUAUUUAUUUUUUAUAAUAAGAAACGAGUAUGAGAAGGGAAUUUUGGGAAGGCUGAUUGGACUUGCUGGAGGUUGUUUCAAUGGCUCUUCCAACUGCUAACCAGGUGGCGUUGGGUCGGGAGACUCCCAAACACUAUGGGAUCACUUCUCCUAUCAGCCUGGUCCAAGCUAAGGAGGCUGACCUUGUCCUCACACACAGGCUGACUGAGGCCCUGAAACCGUACGGGGUGUUUGAAGAGGAGCUGGAACUACAACGCAGAAUACACGUGUUGGGAAAACUGAACACACUGGUGAAGGAAUGGAUUCGCGACGUCAGUGAAACAAAGAAUCUGCCUGCCUCGGUGAUCGAGUCUGUUGGAGGGAAGAUAUUCACAUUUGGGUCGUACAGGUUAGGAGUUCACACUAAAGGGGCAGACAUUGACGCCCUGUUUGUGGCUCCUCGACAUGUGGAGAGAACAGACUUCUUCUCCUCGUUCCUGGACAAGCUGAAGGAGCAGGAGGAAGUCAAGGAUUUGAGGGCUGUUGAGGAGGCAUUUGUCCCGGUGAUAAAGCUGUCUUUCGACAGCAUUGAGAUCGACAUCCUGUUUGCACGGUUAGCUUUGCAAACCAUCCCAAAGAAUCUGGACCUUCGAGAUGACAGGCUGCUGAAGAACCUUGACAUCCGCUGCAUUAGGAGUCUCAAUGGUUGCAGAGUUACAGAUGAGAUCCUCCAUCUUGUACCCAACAUUGAGAACUUCAGACUGACUCUGAGGACCAUCAAGCUGUGGGCUAAACGCCAUAACAUCUACAGUAACAUCCUGGGCUUCCUGGGUGGAGUCUCCUGGGCCAUGCUGGUAGCCAGGACCUGCCAGCUCUACCCCAACGCCGUUGCCUCCACCCUCGUACACAAGUUUUUCCUCGUCUUCUCUAAGUGGGAAUGGCCCAACCCUGUUCUCCUGAAGCAGCCAGAGGACUGCAACCUGAACCUGCCAGUCUGGGACCCCAGGGUGACCCCCAGUGACCGGUACCACCUGAUGCCCAUCAUCACACCAGCCUACCCCCAGCAGAACUCCACCUACAACGUCUCCGUCUCCACACGGGCUGUCAUGGUGGACGAGUUCAAACAGGGUCUGUCCAUCACAGAUGAAAUUUUGCAGAAUAAAGCAGAGUGGUCCAAACUAUUUGAAGCACCAAACUUCUUUCAGAAAUACAAGCAUUAUAUUGUGUUGCUAGCAAGCGCCCCCACCGAGAAGCAGCACCUGGAAUGGGUUGGUCUAGUUGAGUCUAAGAUCAGGAUACUUGUGGGAAACCUGGAGAAGAAUGAGUUCAUAACGUUGGCCCAUGUCAACCCCCAGUCAUUCCCUGGACCCAAGGAAAGCAGGGAGAAAGAGGAGGUCAGCACCAUGUGGGUGAUAGGGGUUAUCUUUAAGAAGAUGGAGGCAUCAGAGAACCUCAACGUUGACCUGACCAUUGACAUCCAGUCCUUUACUGACACGGUGUAUCGCCAGGCGAUCAGCAGUAAGAUGUUUGAGGCAGACAUGAAGAUCCAGGCCAUGCAUGUGAAGAAGAGACAACUGCAUCAGCUACUGCCCAGCCUGGUCAUGCCCAAACGCAGGAAGCACUCUACAGAGGGGCUUCGUCAGAUGAAUGACAGUAGUCUGGACCUAUCGCUGGACAGUGACAACAGCAUGUCAGUGCCCUCCCCCACAGCCUUGUCAGCCGCAGUGCCCACGUCGACCCCAGUGAAGAGUGGCCCGCUAGGUCCCCCUCCCAGUCCCAUCGCGGCAGCAGCCAGCCAACCAGAGAUCCAAGCUUCCACUAUGAGUCCGCCAGCUGUGAAGAGACCUGGUUCCCCAAUGCAAGAAGAAAGGAAGAGGUUAAAAUCAGACUCUGAGGAGUCAGCCACUGAGAGACAGACCUCAGGAGACUCCGUCCCCAGCAGCCAGACCACCACUCCUCCCCCCACCAUGGGUCCCCUUACGGCCCCCCAAACCCCCUCCCCUCCCGCUACCAUGGGUCCCCCAGUGGCCCACAAGACCCCCUCUCCUCCCCCCACCAUAGGUCCCCCAGUGGCCCACAAGACCCCCUCUCCUCCCCCCACCAUAGGUCCCCCAGUGGCCCACAAGACCCCCUCUCCUCCCCCCACCAUAGGUCCCCCAGUGGCCCAAAAGACCCCCUCUCCUCCCCCCCACCAUAGGUCGCCCAGUGGCCCACAAGACCCCCUCUCCUCCCCCCACCAUAGGUCCCCCAGUGGCCCACAAGACCCCUAACCAGGAGGUGCUGGAGGAGAAGAGCCCUAAGGACCCCUCCAUAGUCCCAAUGACAAAGACAGAGGAUAGUGGUGCAGCUAGCGUUGGAGAGGGAGAGGGGGGCACCUCUGUGGAGGCAGAGGUACACAACAAGCUUAUCGUCAUGGCCCAAUUUCAUGUGAAUGAGGACAGUAUAUCUGAGGAGAUGGCGGCUUCUGAAGGGGAAGUGAAGAUGGAGGCAAACAUUACGAGAAUGGUGAGUACGGAUCUGUCUGACGUGCCUCUCUUGCCAGCCAACCCCAUUCCAGUGGUGAAGAACUCUAUCAAGCUUCGUCUCAGCAGGUAGGAGAGGCCAGACAGACGCACCAAUCCAGCCUCCCCGACCCCUGACCGCUACGGUGGAUGUUCUAAGACCUACUUGUCCUCUGUCCUAUGCCACGGAAUGCCCACAGUGCUGCAGACAGACACAUAGACAGACAGGGCGGACGCACAGGCGACUAGACAGACAGCGCUCUCUCGACUAGGGACAUUGUCAGUUGACAUGCAGGGCGUAGUUGCAACUAUCUUCACAAGAGGGCGAUGUUGCCCUUCUACUGGAUUCUCCCAGGCAGCUUCCAACCUCUACCUUACUGGUUAAAUUUAAAGUUGUCCCAUAGGCACAGAUCUGGGAUCAGCUUACCUUCCCCUGUGUCUUCACCUUAACCAUUUAGGCAUCUUCAUCCUACUUCUUCCAGAGCUGCUGGAAGGAGUAGAAUGUUGCACAAAGAUGUCAAUAUGUCACCGUGACUCGUACGCCAGUUCGAACCUGUUAUUUCCGGUCUUCUAUAACGGAUUAGAGAUGACUACAGGUUAUGACACCUUGUUCCCUAUAGCAGGGUUAAUAAACUCUGACCCCUACGAGGAGCCUGCUGCUUUUCUAUUCUACCUGGUAACUAAUUGCACACGUCUUGGUGUCCCAGGUCUAAAUCAAUCCCCUUUUUUAGACUGGACCGAUGAAAAGUGGAACUGGCUUGGAGGCCCUCUAUAGUCCACUACUUAUAACCCUGGUCAUUAUAUAAAGGGAAUCAGCUGCCGUUUUGUAUCAGUCUAUAAUCCACGGACAGGUAGUCGCUGUCUGUCAGGUAACUGUUGGGAUAUGAGGUGGCCUUCAGGGUAUACAGGUAGUGAAAUGAGGGGGGCGCAUCAUAAAGAUGUCCACGCUGUCAUCACCUGAAGCUACACGCUUGGAACUACAUCAGGUUUGUGUACAUGUACAACACAAUAACUUUGACCAAAAAAAAAAACCAGAAUGUCUCUGAACCGGAUGGCGUAGUUUCUCUUGUCUAGGAUGCAUGUUUAUAAUCUACAGAUGACAAAAAAAGGAGUUAAGAGUUUAGUCAUCUUUCUACGUUCACGCUAACGUUCUGAUUAUCUGUGAUUUAUGUCCGAGGACUGCUACAGUAAGAAAAGGCAGUAGCAGAGUGCUGUAGGCCGAGUGUAGAGUAGAGAGGCGGUCUGGUGUCUGACUGAAGUGUUCAGAUAUACAUUGUAUAGAAUCAAAAUUAUUAGAAUGGGCAUAGAAUCUACAUUUGUUCUAUGUAUACAUGCAUUGUACAGUAACCAUUAGUGUCUGUCUUGUACAAUAACAUUAAAAUGAUGAAAAACAAUGCUUUUCUUUUGCUUAGAAUAUAAAGGACUUGAUCUUUCGCCUUGGUGAAUUUUGUUUAUUAUUUUUUUGCAUAAAAUGGUGCGAUUUGAAUCAAGAUAAUUAUUCUAACAUUGCAUAGAGGGUUUAGUUCGUAAAAAACAAUUGUCUUUGUUGGUUAUUCAUUUUGGAUUUUCUUGUUCACGUCGUAAUGGAUGUGGACUUUGUGGGAAUAGUCAACGGGUUUAAAAUGUGUUAGUAGGAUUAGCAAACAAAGUAACAGAUUUUAUUUCAUUUUUUAAGUUUAAAAACAGUGUCCUGACUUUUAACAUUUUAACUUUCUCAAUAUUUUCUAGAUGUAUUAACAAAACGAUACUUUUGUUUGGAUUUGUUUGUGCUAACCGUGUGGACUUGUAUGGUGAUGAUGAAUCUGAAGAACACUGUCAACCUACAGUGUGUUAAUCAACAUGUACAGAUGUUUCUCUUCAAUGACUACCAUUUAAAUGUCAUGUCCCCUGUUCUUACAAUGCUUCUUUUUUCAGUUGAACGUUGUUUUUUUUCUUAGUCGUAUUUGUAAGGAUGAGGUAUUGUACUGUUUUUUUUUUUUUUUUUACAAAUAAAGGUCUGCCUUGUUGAGAA